ACAAGGAGAAAAGCGAAUCAAAAGAGAAGCAAAGAUAAGCGAGGAGGAAAGAAAGCUUCCUCCAUUAUUGUUGACCAUUUCUUCAAUUCCAUUUCUCUUCUAGAGAGAGAAAAACUUUCUCUACCUUUCUGCUUAGAGAGAGGAGAAGGAGAGAGAGAGAGAGAGAGAGCGAGAGAGUCAAUACAUCCUCAAUCGAUAGUCAAACCAUUCCUUAACCGCUUCUUCUUCCCCCGAUUCAACUCAAUCGCAAUGGAGACACCACCCGCGGAGCAGCUGCUCAAGAAGAUACUCGAGCUCGAGGAGAACCAGGAGCAUCUGAAGCAGGAGAUGUCGCGGCUCAAGGUCUCGACGGAGAUUCGUCAGCGAUCGCAUUCGGUGUCGCCGCAUCGUCCGCCGCGGAGAAACGUCGACGGAGCUCCGUCUUGGAGAAAGAGCGGCGCCGCCUCGUUCCGCCACGCCUCGCCGUUGCGUAAGGACAGCCGUGUCCAAGGUCCGAUCAAUCUGAGAGCCGGAGUAGGCGGCGGCGGCGGAGGACCGUCGGCUGGGAAGUUCAGCGAUAAACAGUAUUUGAAUAUUUUGCAGUCGAUGGCGCAAGCUGUUCACGCUUUCGAUCUAAACAUGCGAAUCAUCUUCUGGAAUGCUAUGGCGGAGAAGCUUUAUGGCUACACUGCAGCGGAAGCACUCGGAGAGAAUCCAAUUAACGUUAUCGCGGACGAUCGUGACGCUGCAUUCGCUAUGAACAUCGCUAGGCGUUGCGUCCGUGGGGAGAGCUGGACGGGGGAGUUUCCUGUCAAGAGUAAAUCAGGGGAGAGGUUUUCAGCUGUCACUACUUGUUCCCCGUUUUAUGACGAUGACGGGACUCUGAUAGGGAUCAUUUGCAUCACGAGUAACACGGCGCCGUAUCUGAACCCGAGGAUCUCUUUGGCUAAGUUAAAGGCGGGAGAAGAAGGUGAAGGUGAAACGAGCUUUGCGCCUGCCAGGAAUAGUUUUGCGUCGAAGCUUGGUUUGGACUCUAAAGAAGCUGUUAUAUCGAAACUUGGCCUUGACUCUGAACAGCCUAUACAAAGUGCUAUAGCGUCGAAGAUAUCAAAUCUGGCGACCAAGGUGAGCAACAAGGUAAGGUCGAAAAUGCGAGCAGGUGAGAGUAGUGCUACACUCUCUGAGGGUGGCAGUGGGGAUAGUCAUCAUUCAGCAUCUGACCACAGGGACGAUGCAGCAUCAAGUGGUGCCAGCACACCAAGAGGGGAUUUUGUGCAGUCUCCGUUUGGUGUAUUCACAUGUAGUGAAGAAAAGUUUCAUUCGAAACCGUUUAAAGAUUCCAGUGAUGAGAGCGAUGAAAAGCCUGCGAUCCAUAAGGUUCUCUCCUCAAAAGCUGAAGAAUGGAUGGUGAAGAAAGGUUUAUCAUGGCCGUGGAAAGGGAAUGAGCAAGGUUCAAAAGGAAAGCCAAGUCAUUCUGUAUGGCCUUGGGUACAGAAUGGUCAAGGGAAAGAUAAGAUUCAGCAGAGUAAUCCCUCUUCUAUUGCCUUAGAACGUAAUAAGCCUACGAAUGUUGAGGGAGGUAGUUUGUGGUCAUCCUCUUUAAAUGCAACCAGCACAAGCAGCGCUAGUAGCUGCGGAAGUACCAGCAGCAGUGUGAUGAACAAGAUUGAUGAUACUGAUAGUGAUGGCCUGGAAUAUGAAAUUUUAUGGGAUGAUUUGACAAUUGGAGAACAAAUUGGACAAGGUUCAUGUGGAACCGUCUACCACGGUCUCUGGUUUGGAUCUGAUGUAGCUGUUAAAGUGUUUUCCAAGCAAGAAUACUCGGAAGACGUUAUACAAUCUUUUAGACAAGAGGUACUUUUGAUGAAAAGACUUAGACAUCCUAACGUCCUGCUCUUUAUGGGAGCUGUUACCUCGCCUCCACGCCUGUGUAUAGUGUCCGAGUUCCUUCCACGUGGAAGUCUCUUUCGCCUACUACAGAGGAAUGCGUCAAAACUGGAUUGGAGGCGGCGUAUCCAUAUGGCUUUGGACAUUGCUCGCGGUAUGAAUUAUCUUCACCAUUGUAGUCCACCCAUCGUCCAUCGUGAUCUGAAGUCGUCAAAUCUGCUGGUAGACAAGAACUGGACCGUUAAAGUAGCUGACUUUGGUCUUUCGCGUAUCAAGCAUGAGACAUACCUAACCACCAAGUCCGGGAAGGGAACGCCUCAAUGGAUGGCACCAGAAGUUCUUCGAAACGAGUCUGCUGAUGAGAAGUCUGAUAUUUACAGCUUUGGAGUAGUACUCUGGGAGCUUGCCACCGAGAAGAUCCCAUGGGAAACUCUCAACGCUAUGCAGGUGAUCGGAGCUGUUGGGUUCAUGAACCAGAGGCUGGAAAUUCCAAAGGACAUUGAUCCCUUAUGGAUCGCAUUAAUGGAGAGCUGUUGGCACAGCGAUACUACGCUGAGACCCACGUUCCAAGAACUGAUGGAUAAGCUAAGAGAGAUGCAAAGAAAGUCUACAAUACAGCUCCAAGCUACUCGUGCUGCCUUACGUGAUAACUCCCCCCUCAAGGACAACUAAAGUGAACAAAAGUGGACUCUUUUGUUCCUCAAAGCGCCGCUUUAAGACUGAAAGUUGUUCAUGAAAACAAACGAAGGUAGAGAAUUUGAUCUGUUUUUUGAGCAGUUAAAAAUGGGUGGGUUUAGUUACAACGUGGAGGAGACCGGUCUAGUGAGCUGAGGGCAACCACUGGAAUUGUGGGACUGGUUCAAAAGGCAGGAAGAAGUGAUGUGUUUAGGUCAUUACACAAAUGGCCAAAAACAAAACGUAUGGCUCAGGGUUGGUUAGUGUAAUUGUGGUGAUUGGUUUUUGCUACUUUUCUUUGGUGGGGAGGCUAGAAGGAAGUACGUGAAAGGGAUUUAUUGCAAAAAUGUCACUUUGCUUGAAUAUGCACUCGUUGAGUGUGUGCAAGAGUGUAUACUUGCAUAUUGUUAUUAUUAUAUAUAUUUGAUGCGAUCAAGCAUGGUAAAACCACUUGAUGGUUUGUACAGAUGAAUCGUGAGUGAAUCUUGCGACAUCAUUGGGGAAUUUUUUUUUUACUUCUGGUGUUAAGAGGAUUUUUCUAGCAAUUA